UUUUGUUCUCGUUCACUUUUUGGCGCAUCCGAUCUCUCGUUUGAUUGAACAUGAUGAUGGCCUCCAUGCGCUCGACUGCCGCCACCCGCCUCAUGCUGGUGUCGACGGUGAUGCUGCUCGCGGCGGCUGGCCUGGCGUCUGCUGCCGACCCGACGCUGGUGCUGCAGACCAACAAUGGCCCGGUCAAGGGCAACGUCCACGCGAACGGCGUUGUGACCUUCCACGACAUCCCGUUCGCAGAGCCCCCAGUUGGCGAACUCCGCUUUGCCUCGCCGCUCGCGCUCCAGCACACCUGGACCGAUCCGAUCGACUGCACCUCGAACACGUCCUUGAAGAUGUGCCCUCAGGCCCGCCUCGACUACUUCCAGAUUGUCGGAACUGAAGAUUGCUUGUAUCUCGACAUUUACAUGCCUCCGAACGCGCUCAACUCGAGCACUCCUCUGCCUGUGAUGUUCUGGAUUUACGGUGGCGGUUACAUGUUUGGCGACAAGUUUGAGCUUGGACUGUACAAUGGCAUCAACCUUGCCCUCAACAACAAUGCCAUUAUUGUCGCUGCCAACUACCGUGUCAACGUCUUUGGCUUCCUCGCCAGCAGCAUUUUGAAGGAAACGGAUGCCCUCAACUCGACCGGCAACUUUGGCUUGCUCGACCAGCGCCAGGCCUUGCAGUGGACGCGCGACAACAUUCUUCACUUUAACGGCAACAAGAACCAGAUCACCAUUUUCGGCGAGAGCGCGGGUGCCUUCUCGGUGUGCUUCCACCUCACCUCGCCCGCUUCUCGCGGCAUGUUUGCCUCUGCCAUCAUGGAGUCUGGCACGUGCUCGUCGACCUUCUUCUUCCAAACCCUCGACAAUGCGCUUGACUUUGGUGCCCUCUACGCCUCCACCUUUGGCUGCAACGCCACCACCCAAAGUGCUGCCGAUUUCCUCAAGUGCCUGCGCACGACCAAAGCGGAGGAUCUCAUGGCUGGAGUGCUGUCGUGGUUUGGACCCGACUGGCCAAAUCACAAGAACUGGCCUCCGACGACCACCUCCGACGUGCCAACUGAAGGCUUUUCUGCUACGCCGUUGCCAGCGUUUGCCCCAGUGAUGCCGUGGGGCCCUGUCAUGGACGGAUCGUUCCACGCUCUCUCCGAUCUGCCGCUCAACCUCAUCACGCGUGGCGAUUUUGCCAAGGUGCCCCUGAUUACCGGCACGAACGCGAACGAGGGCGUGGUCUUUGUGCCGCUUGGCCCGCUUGUUGACCGUGGCGUCACCUAUCCUCUGACCGACGCAGGGUUUGACAGCCUGAUGCAUCAUCUUUUCAACGACACGACGGCAGCGCUGGUCGAGACGCACUACCCGCGCAAGGACUACCUCACGAACGACGGUCGCGCCACCCGCGCGCUGACCGACUUUUUCUUCACCUGCGACGCACGCCGUACUGCCCGCGCCUUCAACGACCACAACGUCACUGUUCACUUGUACCAGUACAUUUACAAGGACAACUUUAUCGACGGAAAGCUGCUUGGCGACUACCACGCCUCCGAGCUCUACUUUGUCUGGGACAACCAAGUCCCCGCCGUCGUGCAUGACUUUAACGAGAAGGACAGGCUCAUGGCUGCCACCUUUGGCACGUACUGGACCAACAUGCCCAAGGUCGGCUCGCCGAACGCGUCGUGGAACAAUGCCACUUUGAACCCCACCUGGCCUGCUUACACUCGCUCGAAUGACUUGCACAUGGCCCUGAACGUCCCGCCGGCCACCGGCACCAACCUGCUUCAGCAAAAGUGCGACUUUUGGGAUUCUGUUCAAGGCGGCACUGUUGUUUCCUCCAUGCCGUAAAACGCCCGACCGCUUGUUGUCGCUUGUGUUUUGUGUGAGUGUGUGUUGUUUUCUUCUACCAGCACCAACCCGUCUUUGAAGUCUGGGAGGUCUGUGUUGUUUAUGGGAUUGUUUUAUAUGGUUAUUUUUGUCAUUAUGAUUGUUAUUACUUGUUCA